AUGGCGUCCUCCAUCCCGCAGACCAUGAACGGCAUCCGAAUCUCCCGCAACGGCGGCAUCGAGGUCCUCGAACACCACCCCGACCUCCCCGUGCCCACCCCUGCCGAGGGCCAGGUCCUCGUCCGCAACGCCUACGCCGGCAUUAACUUCAUCGACACCUACUUCCGCACGGGCCUCUACAAGGCCCCGCUGCCCAUCACCCUCGGCCGCGAGGGCGCCGGCACCGUCGUCUCCGCCCACCCCUCCGUCGCCGGCUUCUCGCCCGGCGACCGCGUCGUCUACAUGGGCAACUUUGGCUCCUACGCCGCCUACUCCGCCGUCCCCGCCGCCCAGCUCCUCCGCAUCCCUGACGGCCUGUCCACCGAAAAGGCCGCCGCCGCCCUGCUGCAGGGGCUGACGGCCUGGACCUUUAUCCACGAGGCCGGCGAGGUGAAGCCCGGCGACUGGGUCCUCGUCCACGCGGCCGCCGGCGGCGUCGGCCUGCUGCUCGUGCAGAUGCUCCGCGCCGUCGGCGCAAAGGUCAUUGGCACGACCAGCACCGACGACAAGUGCGCCCUCGCCAAGAAGAACGGCGCCGAGUGGGUCAUCAACUCGCACUCGCAGAACCUCGUCGAGGAGGUCAAGAAGAUUACGGGCGGCCACGGCGUCGACGCCAUCUUUGACGGCGUCGGCAAGGCGACCUUUGACAGCGAUUUAGAAAUGGCGGCGCGCAAGGGCCGGGUGGUCGUCUUUGGCAACGCGUCCGGCGCCGUGCCGCCGUUGGACAUCUUCAAGCUCGUCCACAAGAACUUGAAGCUCACGCGCCCCGUGGUGAACAACUACACCGCCACGAGGGAGGAGCUGGAGAAGUACAGCACCGAGCUGUUCGACAUGAUCACCUCGGGCAAGCUCGAGAUCGCCAUCCACAAGGUUUACCCGCUGCAGGACGCCAAGUCGGCACACGCCGACAUUGAGAGCCGCAAGACGACGGGCAAGCUGCUCCUCAAGCACGAAUGA